UCCUAUCCUCAUCCCAUCCAAACAUCACCUUUCCCAGCUCAUUAUAAGACACUUCCAUGUGAAAGUAUGCCAUCAGGGCAGACAUUUUACUGAAGGGGCAGUCAGAGCUGCAGGCUUUUGGAUUGUGGGAGGAAAAAGAGCAAUAAGCAAAAUGAUAUUCAGCUGCGUGACAUGUCGAAAACUAAGAGGCAGACAGCAGGAACAGAUUAUGGCUGAGCUACCAGAGGAUAGGCUGUCCACUGGCCCUCCUUUCACACAUGUAGGGCUUGAUGUGUUUGGGCCCUGGCCUGUCACUGUCAGAAAAACGCGUGGUGGGCAAGCGGACGCAAAGCGAUGGGCAGUCAUAUUUACGUGCAUGAGCACACGGGCCAUUCACAUUGAAGUUAUAGAAUCAAUGGACACGUCGUCAUUCAUCAAUGCCCUGCGUCGUUUUUUUGCCAUCAGAGGUGCAGUCAAACUUCUUAGGUCCGAUUGUGGGACAAAUUUUGUGAGUGCCUGCAAAGAGCUGCAAAUUGACAAACAGGGCUGCUACAACAGCAAACUAAACAGCUUUCUGGAAGACUCUGGCUGCAAAUGGCUUUUCAACCCCCCACAUGCGUCGCACAUGGCUGGCUCCUGGGAGCGCAUGAUUGGGGUCACGCGCAAAAUCCUUGAUGCAAUGCUCCUAGAACACAGGAAUGCAAAACUUACCCAUGAAAUCCUGGUGACCUUAAUGGCUGAAGUCACUGCAAUAGUGAAUGCUCGUCCGUUAACAGCAGUUUCUGCAGAUCCAGAUAACCCAGUCAUCCUUACCCCUGCCAUGCUGCUCACGCAAAAGGUUGCGACCCCACCAAUCCCACCAGGGCAGUUUGGAAACAGUGAUCUGUUCAAAGCUCAAUGGAGGCGCGUACAAUACCUCGCUGAUGUGAAGAUUUUCCGCAAGGGUGAACACAGGUGCUACAUAAGGCCUAUAAGUGAGGUUGUGCUAUUGGUGUCUAAGGAUUGUACUUAAAAGCAGAAACUUUGUUUCAUUGUAUGUCACUUGCUUUUUACAUGUUAGUUGAGAAUGACAUUCCACGGAUGUCAGGCGGGGAGUAUUCUGCCCCUGUGUUGUUGCUUUAUUGGGUUUCUUUGGCUGGGGCAUUUCUCAGUUUUCCCACCAGUGGGCAGUAUUACCCCUUGAGUUUUGUAGCUUCUUCUUUGGUUGUUUGGUGUGCGCUACACUGCCCCCUUUGGUGAUGUGUUGUAAGCAGCAGAAAAAGUUCACACAGGCAGUGGGAGAAAACGCAUGGAGCAGAAAACAAGCUGCACAACUUUAAGCCCAGUUUACAUCGUUGGGGAGUUUGUUGAACCAUAAUCUGUAAGUAAGCACUGUCUAGCUUUAUUUUCUGUAAGAUUUGUUACUUUCAUGUUACUUAAAAGGGUAUUUGAACGUGUAAAGAAAGAUGUAUAUGGUGAAUGCAAAGCAUAAGAAAAGCUAUGUUGCUAACUUCUGUUUUUGGUUGCUAAUAUGUCGAUACUGAUGCUUACAUAUUAUUUUACUGUAUGUUCACAGUCUUACAAAUUAAAAGAGGAAAAAACGGUCUUCAGUGAAAGACAAAAGGCAAAGCGAUGUGUCCUGUCGUUCCUGGAACCAUCUCCUCUUAUGUUAAGCUCGCUGCAUAGGGUGAAUAGCCAUACAUUCACCUGAGGGCA